CCAACGUUCACUUGCUAGUUUGAAUCCUUUAUAGCCGUUGCAAAUCGUCCAUCCCCUUCGUCUCCCCGCAUUUUAAAAUUCCAACGCCGCCGCCCUUCUCUGAUCUGCUCGUCAUCCUCCCCGUCUCCGCCCACCAGCAGCAGCUCGCUCACUUGCCCUCCCUCUCGAUCGAUCUAGAAAGCAAUCAAAUCCCACCAAUGGCCCUCCGCGCGCUCGACAACACGCUGCCGGCCGCCGUGGCUGACCGGCCCAAGAAGGCUGCCAAGAUCUCGAAGCCCACCGUCGCCGCCGCCGCCGCCGCCGCCGCCUCCCCCGAAAGUGGUGGCAAGAAGCGGAACGACGAGAACUUGACGCCCAAGGCCACGGCGGAGCAGGCCGUGGAGUACGUCCGCUCCGAGGACCUGCAGCCGGUGGCCGGCAGCGCCAAGGCCAGGGCCGCCGGCCUGGUCGCGGAGCUCGACUCCAGGGACUGGGUCAAGGUCUGCGAGGCGCUCAACGACGCCCGCCGCCUCGCCAUCCACCACCCCGCCCUCCUCAGCCCGAUCCUGGAGAAGGUGGUGCUGGCGAUCGUGAAGACGAUGAAGAACCCGCGCAGCGCGGUGCUCAAGACCUCCGUCAUGGCCUGCGCCGACAUCUUCAGGGCCUUCGGCAACCUCAUCUCCUCCGCCUCCGGCGAGGCCUUCGACAAGCUGCUGCUCCAGCUCCUGCUGAAGGCGUCGCAGGACAAGCGGUUCGUGUGCGAGGAGGCCGAGAAGGCGAUGCGCGCCAUGGCCACGUCCAUGCCUCCCCUGCCCCUGCUCAAGAAGCUCAAGUCCUACGUCCACCACGCCAACCCCCGGGUCAGGGCCAAGGCCGCCGUCGCCAUGGCACACUGCGCCGCCAGGAUGGACGUUGAGACGAUGAAGGAGUUCGGGAUGCCGGCGCUGCUGCAGGUGUCGGCGGAGCUGCUGAACGACCGGCUGCCGGAGGCGCGCGAGGCCGCUCGGAGCAUCGUGACCUCGACGCACGCCGCAUUCUUCAAGGAUGCCGCCGCGGGGCAAGAGGAAGAAGAGAAGGAGAAGGAGGAAGAAGAGAAGGAGAAGGAGGAGGCCAUGGGUGCGGCAGCUGCGGCAUGGGAGAGCCUCUGCGCGCUCAGCCUGUCGCCCAUCUCGGCGCAGGCCGUCGCCAAGAUCGUCUCGCAGCCGCAGAUUGCCAUGGACGGCGACGGCCAGGGAGGCGUCGCCAAGCGGCGCGGCGCGGCCGCCGAUGAGGAGGACCCUGAUCGCCGCCCUGGUGCUGAAGCGGCGGCCGCGGACAAAGACGGCGACGACGACGAGAAGGCGGCUCGCCGGAGCAGGCGGGUCGCGUCGCUGGACGUCUUCCGUGGCCUCACCGUCGCUCUGAUGAUACUGGUGGACGGCGCCGGCGGCGAGUGGCCGGUCAUCGGGCACGCGCCGUGGGACGGCUGCAAUCUCGCCGACUUCGUCAUGCCCUUCUUCCUCUUCAUCGUUGGCAUGGCCAUCCCCCUCUCCCUCAAGAGAAUUCCAGACCGCGGUCGGGCUGUCAGGAGAGUAGUCAUCAGGACUCUGAAGCUGCUUUUCUGGGGGAUCUUGUUGCAAGGUGGUUACUCCCAUGCUCCAGAUGAAUUGGCCUAUGGAGUUGACAUGAAGCAUAUAAGGUGGUGUGGUAUUCUCCAGAGGAUAGCUUUUGCAUACUUGGUAGUUGCAGUUAUAGAAAUUGCAACAAAAGAUGCGAACAUUCAGGAUCAGUCAAGUUCAGGCUUCUCAAUUUUCAGAAUGUACUUUUCCCAAUGGAUUGUCGCAUGUUGCAUACUUUUGAUCUACUUGUCCCUUGUUUACGGGAUUUACGUUCCGGACUGGGAGUUCAGAGUACGAAAUGUUGACAGCCCAAACUACGGCAAAGUCUUGACAGUGACAUGUGGUACAAGAGGGAAACUGAGCCCUCCUUGCAAUGCUGUAGGUUACAUCGACCGCAAAGUUCUCGGUAUCAAUCACUUGUACCAGAAACCUGCAUGGAGAAGGCAUAGGGCCUGUACCGAUGAUUCUCCACACGAGGGACCUUUUAAAAGCGAUGCCCCGGCAUGGUGUGCUUCACCAUUUGAACCUGAAGGGCUGCUAAGCUCAUUUUCAGCGGUGCUAAGUACGAUCAUCGGGGUACAUUACGGUCAUGUCCUUGUGCAUAUGAAGAGCCACAUGGACAGACUAAAGCAGUGGGUUACCAUGGGCAUAGCUCUCCUCCUCCUCGGAAUCAUCCUGCACUUUUCACAUGCGAUCCCGCUGAACAAGCAACUGUACACGUUCAGUUACAUCUGCGUGACCGCGGGUGCUGCUGGCAUCGUCUUCUCCAUGCUCUACUUCCUGGUUGACAUGGUGAGCCUGGGCUACGUGUUUGCGCCGCUGCGGUGGAUCGGCAUGAACGCGAUGCUGGUGUACAUCAUGGCGGCCGCCGGCGUCUUCGAGGGCUUCCUCAACGGCUGGUACUACGACGGGACCAACAACACACUGGUUUACUGGGUGAGGAAGCACGUGUUCGUCCGAGUGUGGCACUCGGCCAGGGUGGGCAUCCUCCUCUACGUCCUCGUCGCGCAGAUCCUGCUCUGGGCCCUCGUCGCCGGGAUCCUCCACCGCGCAGGCGUUUACUGGAAGCUCUAGUACAAACGGAAUAGGUUUAAUUUGGCUCCCAAGCAAUUAAUUACAGGAAAAAACAUACUCCGUAUCAGUCGCCGCCUCAAUUCACAGGGUACAUAGAUCAAAUUCAGUUCAGAAUCGCAUUAUACCGUCCACAAAACCGCCAGAUUAAUCGCUGGAUCGCAGAUUCGGGAACACGAAACAUCGUGAUUGGCCUUACAUUGUCUAAAUUAACUAGUAUGCUAAUUGUGUUUAGUCUUUUA